GGGCCCUGUUCUGCUGACAGGGAUGGUAAGGACAAAAAAAGAUCCUAGCGAGGGCCAUAGGAGUGCAGGGGGUCUAGGAGAUUAGUGAGCAGCAGAGUAAGCUAGUGGGGUGGUUUGCACAGUGAUCCGCUGCCGAAAUGGCCACCAAAGUAGUGGAGCUGAUCUACUGGCGGGACGUGGGGAAGACAGGGCUGGUGUUCACAGGGCUGGUGAUAGGCCUGGCCAGCCUGUUCCAGUUCAGUGCCAUCACCGUGCUGUCCUACCUGUGUAUGGCCAUCAUGUGUCUCACCUUCCCCCUACGCCUCUACUACAAACUCCUAGAGCUGAUACGUAAGAACCCUGAAGGAGUGCACCCCUUCCAGUCUUAUAUAGGAGACGACAGCUCUCUGACAGAUGAGGAGACAGUGUUGGUGGUGGAGGAAGUGGUGCUGAUGAUUGCCUUUGCCGUCACAGAGCUCAAACGCCUGCUCUUCAUCGGCAGCAUCAUGGACUCCAUCAAGUUUGCGUUGCUGCUGUGCGUCUUGGUCUAUGUGGGCAUCACGACCAACGGACUGACCCUGGUGAUAGUUGGUGUCAUCUGUGUUUUCUCUCUUCCUCUAUUCUACAAACAAAUGCAGGGUCGGAUGAAGAGGAUUGGCAAAGAGGUCAACGGCCUCCUGAGGAAAAUCAAAAGCUUGUUUAAGAGGUUGUGCAGUACGCUGAGACCCUCUACUGCGGCUAAACCUGCUCCAACCACCAACCUUGUGCCAGCCCUGGCCCCAAAACACAAACAAAAGUCAAAGUGAUAAGAAAGAGAAAGGGGGAUCUAUGGGAAAAGAGGGGGGUCAUUCAUAACAUCUUAUCAGACCAGGGGCUGGGAAACUCUGACAAGGAACUCAUGGGGGUGUGACGGGAGGGGGUACAAGGACCUCAUGGGGGUGUGAUGGGAGGGGGUACAAGGACCUCAUGGUGUGACGGGAGGGGGUACAAGGACCUCAUGGGGGUGUGACGGGAGGGGGUACAAGGACCUCAUGGGGGUGUGAUGGGAUGGGGUACAAGGACCUCAUGGUGUGACGGGAGGGGGUACAAGGACCUCAUGGGGGUGUGACGGGAGGGGGUACAAGGACCUCAUGGGGGUGUGACGGGAGGGGGUACAAGGAACUCAUGGGAGUGUGACGGGACGGGGUACAAGGACCUCAUGGGGGUGUGAUGGGAGGGGGUACAAGGACCUCAUGGUGUGACGGGAGGGGGUACAAGGACCUCAUGGGGGUGUGACGGGAGGGGGAACAAGGACCUCAUGGGGGUGUGAGUGUUCUUUGGAAGGCUACUUGUGCUUUUAUAUUUCCAUUUUCCCAUUGUGGUGUCUGUGAAUGGGAACAAGCUUUCAAAUCCAGUGUUUGGUGUUGGUAACCUAAAGAUGUUUACAGACAAAUGCAAUGUUUAUAUGGGAGGGAAUUUUCUGUGAAAUCUAAAAGACAACUAGUUCACCUUGGGGAGUUGGGGGGUGUGAUACCACAGAACACUUGCCAUCUUAAGACCACACAUGGUGAACACUGGCCAUCUGACCACAUGCCUUAUAAUUUACUUUGGAAGUACACUCAAAGUGUAAGAAUGGGUGCAUAUUCAAUGAUUGGUGCUUACUCAAAAGUGUAAUUAAACUGAAUUGUUCCCUUUUUCUUGAUUCUUGUUUAAAUUGUUGAAUAAAUGUUGAGGAAAUGUUUGAACAUUUCGAAACUGCUCCUA